UCGCAAGCCAAGAGGGAGGGGCGGGGCCUGGGCGAAUUCCGGAAAUUGCGCAAAAACGCCACCAUUCACGUAACACGAAGGGUGGUGCCUGGGCUGCGGAGUCCUCCAGUGAUAUCGGUCAGGUCUGGUAACCCCGCGCGACUCUGGCCCCCAUGGCACUGAAGCCGCUCGCCCCGCUCCUGCGCGGUUACCACGUGGUCCUGGCGAGCGCUUCGCCAAGGCGGAGGGAGAUCCUCGACCUGGCGGGCGUGGUUUUCGACGUCAUCCCCUCGCACUUCUCGGAGGUCCCGCCCCCGGAGCACCUGCUCCGCCCUCAGGACUUGGUGAUUGCAAAUGCCAAAGGGAAAGCCUUGGACGUCGGAAUGCGCCUAAGCCAGGUGCGGGAGGCCCCAGUAGAAAGUAGACUGGGCUUCUGUGAAGAUGAUGGCGGGGUUUCAGGCUGUUCUGUGUUACGGGUGGGGCUCCUGGUCAGGUGGAGGAGUUUCCUGGCUGACCCGGAGACCCAGCACCUCAUCAUUGGAGCGGACACCAUUGUGGCCAUGGAGGGGCAGAUCAUGGGGAAGCCCUGCGACCGUGAAGAUGCACUCCGGAUGUUAACCAGGCUGAACGGUCGUGAGCACAGUGUCAUCACCGGUGUCGCCAUCAUCCUUACGGGUGGAGCAGGCACCCGUGACGCAGAGGUGGUGGUGGUCUUCCACGAGGAGACGCUGGUGACAUUCUCGAAGCUGUCAGAUGAGCUUGUGCAGGAGCAUGUGGAGGGCGGGGAGCCCUGGGACAAGGCGGGGGGCUACGGGCUGCAGGCGCGGGGCGGAGCGAUAAUGGCAGAGGCCGUGCGGGGUGACCCCCUCAAUGCAGCGGGGCUCCCUCUCAACCGGCUCUGCCGCGAGCUGGGGCGCCGGCUGCUGCCUUCGGGACCAGGACAGGAAGUGGAGUCGCAGACAUGAAGUUAUGUCAUCACAGCCGAAGUGACAGGAAGUAAUGUUACAAACAGGACCCCUGUGUGACCGCCCCCCCCCCCAACCGCCACCCGGGUCAUGGUGUAAUAAAGGUCGAUAAGGUGGACAGAG